AUGGAGACUCCGGUGGAUGACCGGGAACCAGCCGUACACUUGACACGACGAGAAAUGGAGACUCCGGUGGAUGACCGAGAACCAACCGUACACUUGACACGACGAGAAUUGCAACAGAUGAUGGAAGAAGCUGGAAGAAACGCCCUUGUUGCAUACGAAAGGAGAACAGCUACCCCACUCGAAAGAGAGUUAGCAGGAAAAAGGAUGCCUGAUCUUCCAAAAUAUGAUGGAACGCGAGACCCCCAAGAACAUCUGGCUGCCUUCGACAUGGUAAUGAAUCUCUAUGGACAGUCAAGUUCCAUUAUUGCUAAAUUAUUUGUUACUACGUUAACAGGAAAAGCUCAAGAGUGGUUCACGAAUCUGCUCCCGGGCAGCAUAGAGUCGCAUGAGCAGUUGAAAUAUAUUGAUGAAGAGGAGAUGAAUGCAAUGAAAAAUGAGGAAUGGAGGAUUGCUUCGGAGCAGGCAAGAGAUGGAGGUUCUGGUAAAGAUCGAAAUAUGCGAUCUAAGAGGGAGAAAGAAAGAGAACCACCUCACCAGUCGAAAUACAACAAGUAUACACCUUUGAAUAUGACUAUAACCAAAGCUCUCAUAGAGAGAGGAUAUGAUACAGAAGAAUGCUACCAGUUGAAAGAUGAAAUUGAGCGGUUGGUUCGACAAGGGUAUUUCAGGAGGCAGAGUUUUCAUAAUUUUGAAGAAAAAAGAAGUGAUCGGCGAGGUAGGUCGAGAAGCAGGGAUGGAAGGUCGAGUUGGGUAGCGGAAAGAGAGGCUCAGAAAGUAAGAGAGAAUGCGCAUGUGAAAGACAUCAUCCAUACUAUAGCAGGGGGAUCAGAAGGAUGGUCUAGAAGAGCUAGAAAGAGGUUUGAAAGAGAAAAUAGGUUGGAACGACGCAAACAAGUGAUAAAUGUGACAAGCAACCCUGGGAUCGUAUUUGGAGAUCGAGAUGCAGGCGAAGGAAUUGGGACAGAUAACGAUCCUAUGGUAAUAAAAAUAGACAUUGCAAAUUUCACAAUCCUUAAGGUUCUGAUGGAUAAUGGGAGCUCAACAGAUAUAAUAUUCAAAGAUGUGCUAAGUAAGAUGGGGCUUGACAACAUAAAGAUCGAACCGGCAGGUACCCCGUUGAUCGGUUUCGGAGGAGGCGAGGUCGCUUCAUUGGGGACAGUGGACUUACCUGCAUCCCUUGGAGAAGAGCCCACGCGUAAAACUUUGAUGGUAAAAUUUUUGGUUGUUGAUAUGCCUUUUGCUUAUAAUGUUAUCCUGGGGAGACCUGGGCUUAAUUCUUCCAGGGCAGUGGUGUCAACAUACCAUCUCAAGAUGAAGUUUCCUACUCAACACGGGAUAGGGGAGGUCGUGUGCGACCAAAUUGAGGCCAAGAGGUGUUACAACUUGUCCCUGAGAAAGGGCGAAAAGAAGGUAAAGAGGAAACCUCAAGAAGCAAAUAAGGAUGAAUGGCAGACAUUGAAGACAGGGAGAUUAGAACCUGUUGGACACAAAGAGGUUGAGUUGAUACAAGGAGAUCCAUCGAAGACAACAAAGAUAAGACCCAACCUACAGCAGUUUGAAGGUGUCAUGAUCGCGUUUCUGAGGAGUAAUGUUGAUAUGUUCGCGUGGGACCCCUCAGAUUUUAGAGGUAUAGACCCUGAAGUGAUAGUACACAGGUUGAAUGUCGAUCCCUCUAUUCGACCUGUCCAACAGAAGAAACGAACUUUUGGAGGUGAGAAAAAUACCAUCAUCGAGGGAGAAGUAAAUAAGCUGCUGAGAGCGGGUUAUGUGUUUGAAAUUCAAUACACUAACUGGUUAGCUAAUGUGGUGUUGGUACUGAAACCAGGUGGCAAAUGGAGAAUGUGUACCGAUUUUACAGAUCUAAAUAAGGCGUGCUCGAAAGAUCCUUACCCAUUACCAAGGAUUGAUGUUCUAGUAGAUUCAACGGCAAGAUAUGAAGUUUUCUCUAUGAUGGAUGCAUAUCAAGGAUAUCAUCAAAUUUAUAUGGCAACAGAAGAUCGGAUAAAAACCUCUUUCGUUACUGAUCGGGGUAUUUUUUGCUAUAACGUUAUGCCUUUUGGAUUGAAAAGUGCUGGUGCAACUUACCAGAGGUUGGUGAAUAAGAUGUUUGCCCAGCAGAUCGGGAAGACCAUGGAGGUGUAUGUGGAUGACAUGCUCGUUAAAAGUCAUAAGCCAGAUGAACACUUGGAGCAUUUGAAGACAAGUUUUGCGAUCAUGAGAGAACACGGGAUGAAACUCAAUCCCAAUAAAUGUAUGUUCGGCGUGGCAGGAGGAAAAUUUUUGGGCUACAUGGUCAGCGAGAGGGGAAUAGAAGCGAACCCAGAGAAGAUAGAGGCCAUACUGAAUUUGAAGUCACCCACAUCCAUCAAAGAGGUCCAGAAACUAACAGGUAGGAUUGCCUCUCUUAAUCGUUUUAUUUCUAGAUUUGCUGAUCGCAAUUUACAUUUCUUUAAGAUAUUAAGAAAAGUAAAAGGGUUUGAGUGGACCGAUGAAUGCGAGCAAGCCUUCCAGGAAUUAAAAAAUUAUUUGAGGUCGCCCCCCUUUUGGCAAAUCCGAAAGAAGGGGGUAUUGUAUCUUUAUUUAGCUGUUUCAGAUAAUGCUGUCAGUUUGGUACUUAUAAAAGAAGAGAAUAAGAUUCAAAACCCAGUAUAUUAUGUGAGUAAAAUGUUACAAGGAGCAGAGACCAGAUAUACUGAAAUAAAAAAGUUGGCAUUAGCUGUUGUGGUGACUGCCAGGAAGUUGAGACCGUACUUUCAGUCGCAUAAGAUAGUGGUAAGGACGAAUCAUCCCCUCAGGAAUAUCCUUUCACGGCCAGAGGCCUCAAGGAGAAUGAUAAAGUGGGCAGUCGAAUUGGGGGAGUUCGACAUUACUUACCAGAAUAGAACAGUAGAGAAAGCUCAGAUCCUAGCUGAUUUUGUGAUAGAAAUAUCAGGCGCGUCAGAGGACCCAGGAAUUUGGAUGCUACAUGUUGAUGGAUCCUCCAAUGCUAGUAAUGGAGGAGCAGGGAUAUUGAUCGAAGGACCUGGUGGCGUUGAGAUCGAGGUCGCGGUACGGUUAUCUUUCUCUACAACAAAUAAUGAAGCUGAGUAUGAGGCCCUAGUCCUGGGUUUGGAGUUAGCAUUUGAAGCUGGAGCGCAAGUCCUUGAAGUCUUCACAGAUUCACAGCUGGUCGCUAUGCAGAUUGAAGGGACGUAUGAGACCAGAGAAAAGUCGAUGAUGGAAUAUUUAAAAAAAUCAAAGGAGUGGAUGCAGAAGUUUUCCAAGUGUUCUAUUCAGCAAAUUCCGAGAAGCGAAAAUGAGAGCGCCGACGCUUUAUCGAAAUUUGGGGCUACGCUAGCAGGGAUCAAAGAUAGGAAAAUCACAGUGCUGAUAAAGGAGCGAUCCGCGAUCUCAGAGCGGGUGGAAACUAAUAUGGUAAUUUCGAAAUGCCCAUGGAUAGAAGAGAUCGCAGCGUACCUCAAAGAUGGGACCUUACCUACUGACUUCGCAAAUGCUCGGACGGUGGAAGGACCUCUUCUCAAAUGUUUGGAUGAUCCACAGGCUAGGUACGUCCUGCGAGAAAUUCAUGAGGGUAGUUGUGGAAACCACUUUGGAGCUAGAUCGUUGGCACUGAAAGUAACCCGACAAGGGUAUUUUUGGCCAACGUUGAUGAAGGAUUCUAAGGAAUUUGUACGAAAAUGUGAGAAAUGUCAGAAAUUCGCCUCUCAAAUUCACACGCACGCAAUACCUAUGACCCCCGUUUUGGUUACGUGCCCAUUCGACCAAUGGGGCAUAGAUAUAUUGGGAUCAUUCCCACUUGGUCGAGCUCAGAAGAAAUUUAUUAUAGUGGCAGUGGAGUACUUUUCUAAAUGGGUUGAAGCAGAAGCUGUCUCAAAAAUCACUGAAAGGGAAGUCAUAAAUUUCAUAUGGAAGAACAUAGUGUGCAGGUUUGGAAUUCUCAGAGUGCUAAUAUUCGAUAAUGGGACACAAUUCCAAGGGAGACAGAUAACUGCAUGGCUCCAGGAAUUGAAAAUACAGCAGAAUUUUACGGCUGUAGGACAUCCCCAAGCGAAUGGUCAAACAGAGGUGACAAACAGAACUAUACUGCAGCAUUUGAACGAUGGCCGAUCUUUCACAGAUUAUCCAAGGUCGUGGUAA